AUAAAUUAUGCAUUUCUCACACAAACCCAUGUUCUUAUUGUUCCUAUGCAUUUGGGUUGCAAAAGCUGCUGACCCUUUAGGUGAAUUCUGCAAUAGAAACACCAACAUCAGCAGUGGAGGAAAAUUAUCUGCCAAUAUUGAUAAACUAUUGGCUGAACUAGCCCUCAAAACUCCCUCCACUGGUUUUGUUGCUACCACUUAUGGAAAAGACCAAGACAAAGUCUAUGCAUUGUCUCAGUGUAGGGGAGAUGUAAGCACUGAAGAUUGCUCCACUUGUAUUCAAGAUGCCACAAAGCAAAUCCGCCAACGCUGUCCAAACCAAGCUGAUGCAAGAAUUUGGUAUGACUAUUGCUUUCUGAGGUUCAACAACAAGAGUUUCUUUGGUGAGGUUGAUACAUCUUUCGGUAUAUUCUAUUUCAAUGUUGAAAAUGUAACUGACCCUGAAGCUUUCAAUGAAGAGCUUGGGGCUCUGAUGAAUCAUAUUAGAGCACAAGCUGUGGUGCCUAAAGAGGAAGGGCUUGGGAAGGGAAAAUCUGUGUUGUCUCCAUUUGUGACACUCUAUGCGUUGGUGCAAUGCACGAGAGACUUGUCUGAAAUAUCCUGUGCUCAGUGUUUGGCUGUUGCAGUGAACAACUUCCCCAACUUUUGCAGCAAUCGUAAAGGGUGUAGAGUGCUAUACAGUUCUUGCUAUGUUCGAUAUGAAAUCUACCCUUUUUUCUUCCCACUUGAUUCUAACAAAACAGGAACUUCUAAUGCAGCAAGAGUCAGCGUCUACACUUAAGUACCAUUCUAUUGUGCCAAAACUGUGUUCAUCGUUGCUACUAAACCACCCUUGAACAUGGAAGUUGCAUUUGAAAAAACUUUGAAACUAUA